AUGUCCAAUAGUGACGCUGAAAGCUUUGAAGAAAAUUUAGAAGGUUCUGCGGAAUCUGAUGCUCCAGUAGCUAGUGGUUUCCGACCUCACAAAAGACGUCAUCUCAACGAGAGUAGUAAUAGGGUCCCUCAUGAUGAUGAAGAUAACGAAACAGACGACCCGAACUACGAAGAUUUAUAUGAACAAGCACAACACGAUCCGAUAGAUGUUGAUGCCACGCAAAGUGCUCCCUUCAAUUCCUCUGAGGAUAUAUCCAACCCUAUUGUCAUACCCAGCACACAAGUGGCUAUCGAUCCUGCUUUAGUACAGUCCUACGCAGACGCAGACGCAGAGGUCAUCGAAAUUCCUGGCCUUGGGGACGUCUUGGAUGUUGAAGGUGAAGAAGAAACAGAAAUAAGUCGAGACGCUUCGACAGAAGUAGGAAAUACCCCACAAACAGCGGUUGAAAUCCCGGACGAGGAGCCGAUUUCCCGGGAACACCAUGGCUUUAGACGUGCAAGGGAUUAUAAAUGUCCUAUUUGUUUCGACACACCAGAAGUGGCACUUUACACACCAUGCGGACACAUUUUCUGCAUCGAAUGCAUUUUCGAGAUGAUCAAUAGUGUUAAGGCAAAUCGCAGAGUCGGGCAGUGCGCUCUGUGUAGAAGAGAUGUUAGUCUAGGGAAAAUCAAAUUAUUAAAAUUGCGCAAGAAAAGGGUACCGAAAGAUUCAUAG